AUGACAAGUGUUCCACAACCGUCAGUAACAUCUGGUGAACACGAUUGUCUUAUGGCCGAAACACAAAUUCGACCAGCUUCAACGUCAACGAAAAAACAUAAAAAUUCAACAAAUUGGCUUAAAGCUCAUUUAUGUCAAAAUAAACUCACAUUUGGUUUAUGUCUUUCACUUGUACUUGCUAUUGCCAUUGUUAUUUCUUUACUGUUUUUAUAUAUUUUACAUACACGAGUACGAAUAGACAGACAAUUAUGUUUAACACCUGAAUGCAUCUCAUUAGCAGCUGACACAUACAAUGCAAUGGAUAUAGCAGUUGAUCCGUGUGAAGAUUUCUAUCAAUUUGCUUGUGGUAAUUGGGAUAAAAGCCAUCCAAUACCUGAGGGUCGUAAUGUACGUUCCUCAUUUGAAUCAUUUGUCAAUGACGUUGUUGAUCUUUAUCGCGAAUUACUUCGUAAACCUAUUCUUGAUACUGAGCCAGACGCUGUAAGAAAGCUUAAAAUAUUUUAUCAAACAUGUGUUAGUACAGAUCGAGAUUCGUCCGCAGUUGAAAAUGCAACACUUGAUUUAUUGCUUCAUCAUUUGGAUCGUUUUGGUGGAUUUCCUCCUCUUUAUGGCGAGCAAUGGAAACCGAAAUUAUCUCUUGAACGAUUACUUGCGGAGCUUCAUGUAAAAUUUAAUACUGAACCAUUAUUUGAACUUAAAGUCGCAGCUGAUGAUAUGAAUAAUACUCAACAUAUUAUUUUGAUUAAUCAUCCAUCAGUAUUUUUACAAGCGUCAGCAGCCUAUGAGUCCAAAGAUGAAAUAGAUGCUUAUUUGAAAUUUAUGGUUAGUGUAGCUAAGAGUUUGGGUGUUGAACGAACAUUGGCAAACCAUGACAUGCAACGAAUACUCAAUAUGGAGAUAGCACUCGCCAACAUUCGCGAUGAUCAACCAUCAAAUACUGUGAUUGAUUUUUAUAAUAAAAUAAGUGUUCGUGACUUACAAAAUAUGGUACCUUCGAUCAAUUGGACAGAAUAUUUUCAUAUUGUUUUCAAAGAAUAUAUCCCAUUAGAUGAACGUGUUAUCGUACUCUAUGCUACUAAAUAUAUUGAAGAUCUUGAAAAGCUUAUUCGUCAAUAUGAUUCACGUACUAUAGCAAGUUAUUGUUUGUGGCGUGUUAUUGCUAGUCUCGUACCUGACAUGAGUAAGAAUUUUCGUGAAGCACAUCUCGAACUUGUACGCUAUACUCAGGGAGGCGUUCCUCAUGGUAUCGGUUCACAUUGUUUAUUGAACCGAGCUGAUGAAGCAUUUGCCCAACCGAUGACAUAUCUCUAUUUAAAAUCUCAAUCGGAUGAUAAUAUUCGCGAAGAACUACAAGAACUUAUUCAAAAUAUUCGAAGUACAUUCUACGAAACAAUCAAACGUAAUACUUGGAUGACAAAUGAUACGAAAAAAGUAGCACUUGCUAAAGCACAAUUAAUGAGCGAAUUUAUAGCUUAUCCACUUGAAAUACUCAAUAAAACUUAUUUAAAUUUCAGUCAUUCUCAUUUAAAUAUUUCUUUUGAAAGCCAUUUGAAAAAUGUUAUCGGUCUAUUGGAAAAUGAAGUAAAGAAAAAUAUUGCUCUCUUUCGAAAACCAGUCGAUAAGAAACAAUGGAUGACAAGUUCAGCUCAAGUGAAUGCGCUCUAUGAUAGUAAUCGUAACGCUAUUAUUAUACCUGUUGGUAUGACACGACCAUUUCUUUAUAAUUCAAAAUUUCCACAUUUUGUUAUCUAUGGUCGUAUUGGUAUGGUAAUAGCGCAUGAAAUCAUACAUGGUUUUGAUACCAAUGGCCGUUAUUUUGAUGAGCACGGAAAUUUAUUUCAAUGGUGGAAUAAUGAAACCGAUGCUACAUAUCGAGAAACUGAACGUUGUAUUGUUGAGCAAUAUUCAAAUUAUACCUAUGAACAAGUGAAUAUGACAUUGAACGGGAAUACAACUCGUUCAGAAAACAUAGCUGAUAUAGCUGGAACAGAAUUAGCGUUUCUUGCUUAUAAACAAUGGCUAAAAGUACACGGCGAUGAACAUCGACUACCAUUACUUGGUCGAUACAAUUCGGAACAAAUGUUUUUUAUAGCUUUUAGUCAAAUAUGGUGUGGAAAUUAUUUAAACGAACGUUUACGAAAAGAUAUACGUGACAUGAUUCAUACGCCAUUUCGAUAUCGAAUGAUUGGUUCGUUGCAUUCAAGUCAUCACUUUAGUCGAGCAUUUCAAUGUGACUCAAAUGCAAAAAUGAAUCGACAAACAAAAUGCACUGUCUUUUAA